GCCAGCGGUGAACGUGUUCUUCCUGCUUACACCCUCCCACAACAACUCGCAGAGGAUUUUUUUUUUAAAGGUUAUAUCCUUCCAGUCAGACAGAUAAUUCGCGUUUACUAAUCAGCGGGAUGCGAUGGCUGGACAAUACUCUCGAUCGUGCAGCUCGGAGUCUGCGGCUCAGAUGUUAUCCCCCGACCCCCGGACCCCCGUCAAAUCCAAGCUGAUUCUGGGCGUAGUGAUCGGCGGCGUCGCGUUGCUUAUGGUGCAAGUUUGUGCGACUGCGGGAUUGUUUAUAUAUUUCACAAGAGAAAUCUCAAAGAUAAAAAAUCAGACAGCUUCCCAGGAGUUAUGGUGUCUGUCUAAUCCCGACAAACUUCAACAACUAUUCAGGAAGGAAACUGAAGACAUAAACAACCAGAUCGGAGAAGAUCCCUGUUGGAUACUGGCUAACAAAAUUAAAUUACUUGCAAACAAGGUAACAGAAAAAGCUAGCAGGCAACGUAUCAGUAAAGAUAUAAUAAACAACUUACCUCCAGAGGUUUUCAAGUCUACAGUGCAAUUGGAUGACCAAUCAACAUACCGUCCCUCUGCUCAUCUCACUGUACGAGCUGGCUCGCUACCUGGUUUACCCAACUUUCUGGACACAUCAUGCCGCCACAUUGUGAAAUGGGGUAUUAGAGAUGGGUUAUCUUACAUCCGCAACAUGACAAUCAACCAUGGAAAAUUGCAAGCCAGUCAAAUGGGUAGAUAUUACAUUUAUUCCCAGACUUACUUCAUAUAUCCCCAGAAAGAUGCAUCUGAUCUUGAGGACCAACCUGCCAAACCUAAUGAGCAACCACUUGUACAAUGCAUAUACAAGACGUCUGCAUCCUACCCUUCACCGAUCCUCCUCAUGAAAAGCGUGGGAACAAAAUGUUGGGCAGCGAAUGCAGAGUAUGGUUUGAAUUCCAUCUACCAAGGAGGACUUUUUGAAUUAGAUGCUGACGAUGAAAUAUUUGUAACUGUCUCUGACAGAAAGUUGCUACAUCAUAAUAAUGUGCAAUCUAGCUAUUUUGGAUCCUUUAGACUGGAUGUGUGAGAUAGAAUACGUAGUAAGUAGUUUUUAUAAAGAGCUACCUGUUCAAAAUUAAUUCAUUGUAUCAAACAAUUACUAUUCAAUCAGUUUUAUUGGCCCUACUCCUCCUAACCCUUAGUUAGCUUGAGAAUUGCCCAAAAGAUCUUUACUUCAUCAGUUGAGUAAAACAUGUUAAAUGAAUGCUAUGCCUCAGCAGAGAAAGAUGCUUGCUAUCUACAGCAUACACCUGGUAGUUUUCAGUUGUAGCAAUUAGAAAGCUGAAUGAACCCUCCCCCACUUUUGUGGAAACGCCAAGACUCCUGAUAUGCGUCUGAACUUCCACUCUCAAAAAACAGGCGUAUUUGGUAUGGUAAAUUGAGAUAAUUCCCACAGCAAAUGAGCCAGAGGCAUUAUCAGUGGAUAGUAGGGAAAAAAGGGGAACUCCCCAUUCAGAAUAGAACAUGGAGCAACAGUCCUUGGGGUUGAUGUGGUCGGACAGUUGCGCAGUGGGUAGAGCUGCUGCCUCACAGUGCCAGAGACCCGGGAUUGAUACUAACCUUGGGUGCUCCACUGUCUGCAGUUUACAUGGUCUCCGUGACUGUGGGUUUCCCCCCACAUCCCAAAGACAAGCAGGUUAAUUGGUCACUGGAAAUUGCCCCUAGUGCGUAGGGAGCGGAUGUGAAUGUGGGAUGACAUUGAGCUAGUGUGAACCUGUGAUCGAUGGUUGGCAUGGACUCAGUGGGCCGAAGGGCUAGUUUCCAUGCUGUAUCUCUAAACUCCUCUGAAGGUUAAAAACACAUGCUUCAAAACAUAGUUGCAACUGCUGGAAAGUGAUAAGGAUAUGGCUAAAAAUAAGAGAAUUGCACUGUUAAAUAUUUUUGAAAUAAAUAUGCCAAAUUGCAGAAACUGUUGAGAUAGCAACAGGAAGCUUUCCCUUCCAAACAUUUGUACAUAUGUAUGCUGCUAUAAAAUAAAUCUCAUUCACUGUG